AUGGCUGACCAACUUCCUCUUCUUCAUAACAAUUCCCAUCAUCAUCACACCCCAACUUCUUCUUCUUCUUCUUCCUCGUCGGGAAAGCACUCCAAGUACAAAGGCAUCCGCUCCCGGAGCGGGAAAUGGGUCUCCGAGAUCCGGGAGCCUCGCAAGACCAACCGAAUCUGGCUCGGCACCUUCCCGGCCCCGGAGAUCGCCGCGGCGGCCUACGACGCGGCGGCGCUGGCCUUGAAGGGCGACGAGGCGGUCCUCAACUUCCCCGAGUGGGCCGGGUCGUACCCGAUCCCGGCUUCCGCCUCCCCGGCAGAUAUCCGCAGUGCGGCCGUCGCGGCGGCCGCCAUGAUGAAGGCGGAGAUGAUGCGGGGGAUGGAGCUAGGACUAGGAGGAGGGGUUGGUAAUUAUGAUCACGUGGCGGCGGCGGCGGAAGAGGAGGGAAGAGGGCAUCAUGAUAAUGAUCAGUUUUAUGUGGACGAGGAGGAGCUGUUCGACAUGCCGAAUUUGCUGGUGGACAUGGCCGGAGGGAUGAUGGUUUCUCCGCCGAGGAUGGCGCCGCCGCCGGUGAUGGAGGCUUAUGAUCAUGUUGGGAGUCUUUGGAGCUAUUACUGA